AUGGCCAAAUCAGCAGAGUCUCACAUCAAAUAUCCCAAAUGGUUUGGGGGCUCUGCAUCAUGCAUGGCUGUGCUGGUCUCCCACCCUCUGGACCUGAUCAAAGUGAGGAUGCAGAUGGAGACUGGAGCAAAAGCAAACACUCUUGCGACUUGCAUCCGAGUUGUUCGGGGAGAAGGUGUUUCUGCGCUUUAUAAUGGGCUUUCUGCUGGAAUUAUGAGACAGUUGACAUAUGGCUCAGUCCGCAUCGGUCUCUACGAGACAUUGAAAGAGCAGACGAAGGCAAACAACAUCCCGAAUUCUCCACCCGUGCUGGGAUUACUUGCGGGAAUAUCAGGGUUCACUGGUGCAAUCUUUGGAAAUGCCUCAGAUAUCGGUAAUAUCCGGAUGCAGAACGAUGGCUCACUACCUCCCCACCUUCGGCGAAACUAUCGUCACAUCUUCGAUGCGUGGGCACAGAUCAAACGACAAGAAGGCCGGAGAGCAUUUGCACAAGGCUUAUGGCCCAACGCUUUCCGCUGUGGUAUGAUGACCAGCUGCCAGCUUGCUUCAUACGAUAGUUUUAGGGAUCUAUUAGUUGCAAGCACUGGGAUCUCCGGUGAUCAUCCUGGGCUACACUUUUUAGCUUCCUUCAUGGCGGCGCUGGUUGCUACCACUGUAUGCAGUCCGAUCGAUGUUAUCAAGACACAGUUGAUGGGGUCUUCGGGCGCAGUGGGGGUUGUUCAAGUCACCAAGGAUCUCACCAUCACUGAAGGGAUCAGAUGGAUAUUUCGAGGCUGGACCCCUAGCUUUGCUCGACUUGGGCCUCAGACUGUUGCAACACUGGUUCUUUUGGAGCAGCAUAAACGAGUGUUUCGAAGUUUGGGAGAAGGAGAUGUUAGCAGAGUUGCCCAACAAGCUCUAUGA